AUGAAGUACUUCGGUGCCACCCUCGCUGCCCUCGCCCUCUUCGCCGUCGGCGCCAACGCCCAGGCUGUCGACCCCGACAGCGUUAGCAAGGACAUCCUCAAGUGCCUGAUCUCCUCGGAGAAGACUGCCGGCUGCCCCAACCCUGUCGACUUCUCGUGCAUCUGCACUGGCUCGCAGGCCGGUGCCUUCCUUACUGCGGCUUCCCAGUGCCCGGCCAUUGCCGCCGACCUCUCGAACUCGCUCCACCUCAAGGACCAGCUUUGUGCUUCCGGUCUUGUCGCUCUCCCGACUACCGGUGGUCCCGUCGACGCCACUGCCACCGCCGCCCAGUACCCCGACGCCUACAAGUGUGUGAUUGACGCCGCCAACGCCGUCGGCUGCCCCGACCUCAACACUGCCCAGAGCUGUGUCUGCACCGACAAGCAGGGCGAGUUCCUCUACAACGUCGCCCCCUGCUUCCUCGGCACCUCGGUCAAGGUCUCGGUCGGUCUCGGCCUCGCCCAAGACCUCUGCAAGUACGGUGUCAAGAACCUCCCCGGUGGCGGUGGCGCCUCCUCUUCGGCCCCCCCUGCCAGCUCGGCCCCCCCUGCUAGCUCCGGCGGCCCCGCCCCCACCACUGGUGGCCCUGCUCCCACCACCGGCGGCCCUGCCCCCACCACUGGCGGCCCCGCCCCCACCACUGGCGGCCCUGCCCCCACCACCGGUGCCCCCGCCUCGAGCGGCGGCGCCAACCCCACCUGCAAGCCCAAGCCCAAGCGCCGCCGCCUUGCUGGUGCCCUCUAA